ACGCAAUUGCGAUCGGACUUUGAAGCACGUACCUACUUUUAAGUCCACAGCCCCACGGAGCUAAUCAGUUGGCCGUGGAACGUGCCGCCAGUCGCAACGAAUCCUCGCUCCGUCUCCCACAUCCAGGACAUCAUGGAUAAUCCCGCAUAUGUAAUAGAUUGCGAGCGCGAGUUCGCAACCAUCCCCGGGGGUCGCGAAGAGAACCUGUCGGAGAAGCCCCGGCCCCACACUUUCGAGGAGGCCAUCACGCUGACGGGAGUGGGCCGCUUCCACUACAAGUUGCUGCUCAUCUGCGGCCUCUGCUUCAUGGGCGUCAUGGUGGAGAUCAUGGGCGUUAGCCUGAUCAUGAACCAGAUGAAGUGCGACCUCCAGCCGACGCUGGAGCAGCAGGGCAUCCUCGCGUCCGCCGGUUUCCUCGGCGUCGUCUUGAGUUCCCAUGCCAUGGGCUUUCUGGCGGACACUUGGGGUCGGGCGACCACCUUGCGCUACGCCCUGUGCCUCAGUUCGGUGUGCUCCAUUGUGUCCGCCUUCUCGGUGAACAUCUGGAUGCUGAUCGUCUUCCGCUUCCUAACGGGCUUCUUCAUCUCCGGCGGACAGGCGUGCGUGUUCAGUUUGUGCGGCGAGUUCCAUGGCUCCGGAUCGAGGAUCAGGCAUGUGACCCUGCUGUCCGGAUUCCUUUGCACGGCCAUGAUGUUUGCGCCAGCUAUGGCAAUUGGUAUUUUACCACUGCGGAUCGAGACGAUUGUGUUUGGAAUGCGCUUCUCGUCCUGGCGCGUUUUGCUCCUGGCCAACGUGUCCGUUUCGCUGCUGGCUCUGGUGGGGAUCACCGCUCUGCCCGAAACACCCAAAUACUUGCUGGUCCAGGGACGUGGCGAUGAGUCGCUGCAAAUUCUGCGCAACAUUUUUGCCCAGAACUCUGGCCGAGAUCCCGCGGAGUAUCCGGUUAAGGAGGUGGCCCUGGAGAGCGGUGGCGCCAGCUUGUCCGAUGUUCAUGGUUUCGUGGACGCAGUGCGUCUCGUUUGGCACCAGACAGUGCCGCUAUUCCAUCGCACCCGACUGUGGCACACCCUGAACAUUUGCUGCACCCAGUUCCUCAUCUAUUUCCUGGCCCAGGGCAUCUUCAUGUGGUUCCCCACCAUCCUGGAUGAGUUGGGCACACGGAAUGGCAAUGAUACGCUGCUCUGCAAUGUCCUGCAGGAUUUGAAUAUUGCUACUGCGUCGCAGGAGGAGAACUUGUCCAGCUGCUCCGUGGCCGUGGACACCUCCACUUACCAGGUGAUGAUCAUCAUCGGCGGCUGCUUCGUGUUGAUCUACUUGAUCUUUGCCUACAUCAUUGACUACAUGGGCAAAAAGAAUCUGCUAAUGGCCUGGAUGGUCCUGACCAUGAUCUCUUUGGUGGCACUGCACUACGUGGAGCAGUUCGCCCUGGUGGUGAUCGCCCUGACUAUUGUGAUGGCCAUUGGCAAUUGCGGCGGCCUGGUCAGCACCAUAGCCAUGGAAUUCUAUCCCACGCACAUCAAUGCCAUGGGCAUGUGCUUCAUCAUGAUGGUGGGUCGCUUGGGCGCCGUGGUGGGCAGCAAUAUCCUUGGCCGCAUGCUCUUCGCCAGCUGCAAUCCGAUCUUCUGGGCCAUGUUGGCCCUGGUGGUGCUCCUCUGCGCCUUGGGCUUCUUCCUGCCGGAGAAGACACGUGGGCAGCGGAAGAAGCCCUCGGACACAGCAAAGGCUAUUGUGGCUGCCACCACUAGCCCCAUUUUCGCCAUUAACUCCAAGUAGGAUUAGGUAACGCUAAGUAGAGAAAAUCCACUCAACAACCCAUCGAUUCAACAACUUCAUUCAAAUGCCUUUUUUUCGAUUUCCUAAAUACUGUAUAUAUUAAAAGUACUUUUUA